AUGGGACCGUUGCAAUUCAUAAAACAGUGCGAAUGGACUUAUGCAGGGGAACCUUGCGAGAACCACUCCGAGUUUUUCUACGACAAUUUCGACUGGGAAUGCAAUCCCAUGGUUCAAACAUGUGCUGAUGGUCAAUAUGAAGUGUACAAAGAACCAGAAGUUACUUCCAACGAGCUAGAGAAAAAAGAAAACCUCGAAGCUUGGACUCUAGAAACAACCGUUGAAGAGCCAGAAAAGAGCGAAAGUUGGCUUGAAAGCAGGCCUGAGAUGCAGGAUUGGCCUGUUCAGCGAUUAUUACGCUGGGCUAAUAGAAAGAAAACGAGGAAGCACAUAAGCUCAGAGGAGAAAAAAGUUGUCGAAAGGAUUUUCGAGCGCUAUGGAUAUUUAGAAAAAGAGGAUAAUCAGAUGUUGAACGAUGUAGCUCCUGUAAGGACCGAAAGUAUUUUCGAUCAGUUUGAAACUGAAGAAAAUGAAAAUUUCGACCUUGGAGCAAGACUCAAAGAAGAAGUCAGAGAGGUCGUCGAGUCGGUAAGUAAUUAUUAUUUCCUCCACCAGAAGGAGGAAAAAGAUGAUCUGGCGGUGAUUAUGCGGCUUCAAGCAAAAGUCUUUCGCCUAAGAGAGCAGCUGAGAACAUCUCAGCGCAAAAAUCACCAACUAGAGGAGAAGCUGAGUCAAUACGAAGAUCAUUACUUUCCAAAAUAA